GUCCUCACCCUUGCCCUGUCUCGUGUAGCGCAGAACCCAACCAAAUCCCUCCAUGGAGCAGCCGCUGGAGAUCGCCGCCGAGCGCGCGAUGCCCUCCGGCUCCGACGGAGACGCGGCCGCCGGAGAGGACCGUUUAAGCCUGCUCCCCGACGACGUCCUGGUACUAAUCCUCCUCCGCCUCGGCGCCGCCGCGGCCGCCGGCCGUACCAGCGUCCUCUCCCGCCGCUGGCGCCGCGUCUGGGCGCUCCUUACCGAGCUCCGCUUCCCCGCCUCCCCGCCGCCCCACCUCGUCGCCUCCGCUCUCGCUGCCCACGAAGCCGAAGCGGCCCUCCGCUACCUCCUCGUCGAGGCUGAGGAUGGCGCCCCCGAAUCCGCGGCGGCCUGGCUCCCCGCCGCCGUGCGCCGCCUCUCCGGCAGCCUGGUCUUCAAGAACCUGGCCCCGGCGAGAAAUUUCAACGAUGAAGCCGAGGAGGAGGAGGAGACCUCGAAAGGAGGCGUCUUUGAGCUGCCCUGCUGCGAGCGCGCCACCUCGGUCUCCCUCGACCUGGGGUGUCUCGACCUCGCCGUGCCGCCCGCCGGAGCUUUCGCCCGGCUCACCGAGCUCUCCCAGAGGCGUGUCCGAUUCCAUGGCUCUUUUGAGCUCGGCGACGCCGUCUCUUCGCGGCGUUGCCCAUGCUUGCAGAAACUCAACGUCUUCCACGCCCGUGGGCUGGACAGUAUCGCCAUCCACUCAGAGUCUCUCCUUCAAGUGGAUCUGCGCCACCUCCAUGAGUUGCGGCAGCUCACCAUUGUGGCACCAGCUCUCGAAGGGUUGCAAUUGAUUAACUGCUUCGCUCACAGCCGACCGGUUGCCAACAUUUCCACCCCUCAGCUGGUUUUCCUCAUGUCAUGUGGAAGGAGCCAUAUGAUCCGAGCUCGGUCCAGCUUGGCAAUUUGGGACAACUUCAACGGCUGACCACCAACUUUUUUCGUGUUUAUGGGCGGGAUCGGAGGACUCUAGAAUGAAUCGUGCUUUUCUAUGGCUCUUGGAACGGUUUCCGGUCAUCCACAACCUUCAAAUCAAACUUACCUAUCCCAAGAGGAUUUGCAGCUGCCAGUUUUGUGACAUCGGAAACUUUCUAUACUUGAUGGAAGGCCUUACAGUGCUCCCUCGAACUAAGAUCCUGAUGCUCCACCUACACAACAGAGGACACAACUUUGGAGCCAGCUUAUUUCAUAUUCUCAGUUUGUGUACAUGUCUAGGUGGAUUGUCACUGGUGCUAAAUAGCCAUAGUGACUUGAAGGCACAAUCCUCUUGUCCAUUAGGCUGUGUUUGCAAUCAACCAACCGACUGGAAGACUGAGGAACUCACUUUGAAUCACCUCCAAGAAGUAGUGCUGAUUGACAUGAAAGGGUCUGAAUCUGAAGUUGUUAUUGUCAAACGGCUACCCAGCUGGGCAAUGAAGCUCAAAAGGCUGAGAAUAAUUUACCGUUCGACCACUGUAACCAAGGCCAUGGAAGUAUGUCAAAUGUUGCUAAGCUUCGCAAUGCCAGAAACACACGUAACGAAGAAUUUCCAUGUGAAAAGUAAAAGUUGUACUUUCUUGCGCUAGAAGACCUGUCCCCAGCCUUGGAUUCCAUGCAUUGGCUAUUUUUGUGAUUUGCCGUCAUGGACCUGACUUCUGUUUGUAGCUUGCAAUUUGAAAUCCUCUGGGCAUGGUGCGAUGUUGCUGCGUGUCAAGUUGAAAUAUUUGCAUAGAUUCCUUAUAAUGUUUUACGAUGCUACCACCCCAUUGAUGUUUCAUA